CUAUAAAAGGCAUCGCCCAGCCCAAUGGAUAGAUGCCCCGGGCUGCACAUUCUGUCAGUGCUGUUCUCCAAGAGGCCGAGACACACACACAUGCUGAAACAUCCAAGAACUCAUAUGUAUCUCAUUUGAUCUCAUCACAACCUGAGACAUAGGUCAUAAUAGAGACUACGGGGCUCAUUUUCUACCUGAUGAACCAGUCAACUUUCAUGCAGUUGAGAAAAGGUAAACUGUCCAGGAUAAGAAGCCAGCCCUCAGGAACAACCAGGAGCCAGGAGUACCCCGGCCCCGCAGGGCCCCAAGUCCAGCCUGCUCCACCCCGUCCGGUGCAGAGGUCCUGGGACACCAGGGGCAGCCCCGCCAUGCCCCGCAAAGCCAAGAGCACAGGCAGCGGUGGCUUCCUUGCUCUGCCCGACGACUUCCUGCCGCCGCAGCCACCGCCACCGCCCCUGGACGACCCAGAGCUCCCGCUGCCGCCCCCGGACUUCGUGCCCCCUCCUGCCGCGGUCGUCAAGAGGCCUCCUGUGCCCCACCCCACCAACAGGCACGAGGCAUCAAUGUUCACAAGCAGCAAAUGAAUAAAAUAAAUGAAUCUAAGUUAAACGUUCUUCCUACAGUAUUUUGUAAGGA